UUGUUUGCUCGUGGCCGUAUUUCUCUCAUGGAGGCGCUUUCAGAGAUUCGUGCUGAGGAGACUCGCCUACGUGGUGCUGGUUUGCUGGAGGUUCCCUCUGUGCUCGCUACUCGGGCUUCUUCCACUCCACCUGCUGCACCGCCCCAUUCUCGCUCGAGUGCUCCGCCGCUCUUGCCCACUCCUUCUGGAGGCUCAGGUCGCCCCCGUCCACACUGUGACUACUGCAACAAUGAUGGUCAUAUUGAGUCCCAGUGCUACACCAAGCGGAAACACCUGCGCAAGGCGCGAUCAUCCUCCUCAGGGACUUCGCCAUCUCCCUCGCCAGCUUCAGCCAUUGCUUUGACUGAGCAGGAUAUUCUGAGACUUAAGCGUCUGCUCGCGGCUUCAGGUUCUUCCUCGACGGGUACUGCUGGUUCUGUGACUGAUGCUUCCCGCACUGAGCACCCGCCCUCUACACAGUCAGGAUCGUCGCACGCACACUCUGGUUGGGGCUGGCCCUCGCCGCCGUGAUUCUCAGGGUCUUUGGGAGUUGGACUGGCUUCAUGUUCCCUCCGCUGCCACCACCAUCGCCAGUCCCUCCGCUGUUGUCGCCUCUGUUACUGGUUCCUUCAAGCAGUGGCAUCAUCGACUUGGUCAUCUGUGUGGUUCUCGGUUAUCGUCUUUAGUUCGUCGAGGUCUUCUGGGGUCUGUCUCAGGAGAU